AUGCGGUUAACCCUAGCCUUGGCCUUUACUGUUGGCCUAGUCCUAGCCAACCACCCUCACCCAUUGAGUGAUAACGAGCACUUCAAGGGAGCCGAGCACGAUAAGAAGUUCGAUCAUGAGGCCUUCUUGGGAAAGGAAACGGCUGCUGAAUUUGAUGAACUCACGCCGGAGAAGUCUAAGGAGAAGUUGACGUAAGUGUAAAAUACGGUAUUCAGAUUAUUCGAUGGACCAAAGAUGGCAAGAACUUUCUUCACAAAACAUAAAAUAGCAAGAACUUUCUUUAAAAAACAUAAAAUGGAAAAAACUUUCUUUACAAAACAUAAAAUCGCAAGAACUUUCUUUACAAAACAUAAAAUAGCAAGAACUUUCUUUACGAAACAUAAAAUGAAAAGAACUUUCUUUACAAACCAGAAUCGGCAAGUACUUUUCUUAAAAAACAUAAAAUUGCAAGAACUUUGUUUACAAAAAAACUUAUCUAACUUUAUUUAAUUUCAGUAAACUCAUUCCUAAAAUGGACUCAAACGCUGACAAUUUCAUCGAGGAAGAAGAGCUCCGUGAUCACAUUCGUUUCAUGCAACAACGUUACGUCAACAACGAUGUCGACCGUACUUGGAAGCACUACAAGGACGACCAGAUCAAGGACGGUCUUCUCAGCUGGACCGACUACCGUACCCUCGUAUACGGUAGCCCAGACGGUGCUGGUCAAGAGCUGUCUCCAGAAUACCAAAAAAUGAUUAAGCGUGACGAGCGACGCUGGGAAGUGGCUGACUACGACAGUAAUGGCAAGCUCGACCGUACUGAAUACGGCUGCUUCAUGCAUCCAGAAGACUGUGACCAUAUGAGAGACAUCGUCGUCCAAGAGACUAUCGAAGACAUUGACAAGAACAAGGAUGGUGCUGUCGACCUGGAGGAGUACAUCAAUGACAUGUACCGACCAAACGACUAUCCAGAGUUGAAUGGCAAAGAGCCUGAAUGGGUACAGUCGGAACGUGACAUGUUCAAGGAGCACCGUGACAAGAACAACGAUGGCAAGCUGGAUACGGAAGAGAUGAGAGAAUGGAUCAUGCCCUUAGGCUUCGAUCAUGCCGAUGCUGAAGCCAAACAUCUGUUGGGUGUGGCUGAUGAUAACAAGGAUGGCAAACUGAGCCCUGAGGAAAUCAUUGCUCAUUAUGAUACUUUUGUCGGAUCUCAGGCCACUGACUACGGAGAACAACUUCAGAAACACGAUCCUGCUGAUCUUUAA